CGAGGUGCGAAGCUGGCGCCCGGCCACCCGCUGGCGAGCAUCCAAGACGUGGAGGUGGAGUCCAACUCGGGCAGCGGGUGCCGUAGCCGGCAGGUGAGCAGCAAUCAGGAGGACACGUUUGACGAGGGUUUGAUCGAGACGGCGAUCUGCACGGUCGUCACGGACAUGCCUUGCAGCGUCUCCGUGGCCGAUCCGGCUAGCCUGGACAAUGAUCUGAUCGCUGUAUCUGAGGGCUUUCUGACCAUGACAGGUUAUGCACGAGAAGAUGUAAUCGACAAGAACUGCAGAUUUCUCAACAAAGACGUGGACGCGGCCAUCGCCAUGUCGACGGAGCAGAGGACGAGGCUGCAAGAAGCCGUGGAGAAGGGGUCGCCGUUCAGAGCCGUGCUAGUCAACAAGAAGAAGUCUGGGCAAUUGUUCUUAAACCUGCUGGACCUCAGGGGGCUGAUCAUCGCAAGGAACGAUUUCACGGGCGAGGACAUAUGGCUCCUCAUCGGG